CAGCAUGCGGCAGCCAUCUUCACAGAGAAGAGAACAAAGAGAAAGAGCUGCAGAGUCCAGUGUCGUGGACAACUUUUAACAUCAGUUUUACCAUCAGGGCCAUGUCUGAGGCCGAAGAAACACCACAAGAGAAGCCCGCUGCGACCGAGAAAAGGGUCAUCGCAACUAAGGUCGCUGGCACUGUGAAAUGGUUCAAUGUAAAGAGCGGGUAUGGCUUCAUUAAUAGAGAUGACACCAAAGAAGACGUGUUUGUCCACCAAACUGCCGUCAUCAAGAAUAAUCCAAAGAAAUACCUUCGCAGCCUGGGGGAUGGGGAGAAAGUGGAGUUUGACGUGGUAGAAGGAGAGAAAGGCAAUGAGGCUGCCCAAGUCACUGGACCGGAGGGAGCAGCUGUGCAGGGUAGCAAGUAUGCUGCUGACCGUCGUCGGUACAGGGGAUACUAUAGAGGCCGAGGAGGACGCGGGCGUAGGCGCAUGCAGGAGGAAGGAGAAGAAGGUGAAGAAGGCCAGGGAGAGGAAGGAGAGGGGGAAGAGCAUCGCCCGCCCAGGCGCCGUCCCUUCCAUCGCCGUGGACGCGGCAGAGGACGUGGUCGUGGCUACGGUUACCGUGGAGGACGCAGAGGACCCCCUAAGGGUGAGGGAGAAGAAGGACAGGAGCAUGAAGAUGAUGGCCAUGUUGAAGGAGAAGAGGGUGAAGAGGGGCAACAACCAAGGCGUAGAUACUAUCGCCGCUACUAUGGAGACCGAGGCUACUAUAGGGGGCGUGGUCGUGGGAGAGGACGGGGACGUGGAAGAGGACGUGGCCGUGGUGGACAGAACCAGGGUGACCGAGAUCAGGGUGAAGAUCAGGGUGGCCAUGCUGAGAAUGGGGAUGGAGGACAGGAGAUCCUCAAGGAACCAUCUCACCAGGAUGGGGAGACCACUGUGUAGACAGUCCUCACCAGGCAGAGCCACCCCUCAAAGCAGCAAUAAAAGAUGGCAUUGAACAGAGCUGCUGUAGUGGAAACAUCGUAGUAGACUUGCUUGAAUUGAAAUACUUUCAAAUUGACAGGUUGUUUAUGAGGUACAUCAGUUUUUGGCCUUUUGAAUUCUGUUGAGGAUUUUUUUUCCUUAUUUGGGGGGAAUAAGAAUUUUAUUCCCAUUAUAUUUGAAGGUUGGAACUGGAAAAAAUGUUGCCUCAUAGAAAAGCUGACAAUUUUUGUUACAAUUGCAACCGUAUGAAGAAUUGAAUAGUUAUUCUAGCCCUAAAUUUCAAGAAACAUUUGGAGGGCCUUUUUCAUCAGAAAUUUGAAUUUAUUGACAAUUAUUACAAGGAAACGCCUUAACAACAUGUGACAACCGCAAGCGUUUGGAGCCCUAACAUCAUUUGGCAAAAUUACGCCAUGCAUGAGACCAAGAUAUUUGCAUGUAAAAAAAGUUGAAUUUAACAUCAAUUGGUCUUUACUUUUGUUUUUAUAUUUUUUGAUAUGUUCGUUAAAAAGAUUCUGUUUAGAAUCUGUAUUCAAAGUAUUACUUAAAAAAAAAAAUGAAAAACUGUUUACAAUAUAGAAAACCUCUGUUGUAAGCAUUGUUGGUAUGGUGUCACCUUGAAUGACAAUGCUUUAAAUCUUUGUCAGCAGUCCAACCUUUAUUUGUAGAAAAUCUUUUAUUUGCAUAUUAUUAUCAAUGAUUUUUUUCUUACCGAAAAAGGAUGGAUGGAAGACGAAAAUGUAAUAUGCUUGAAAAGUUAGUUUGUGUAAAGAUUUAUGAUGGCAACAUCUGGCUAUGAAAAUGUGAGCAAUAAACUAUUGCACACCA